AUGCCAUCAAUCUCCGCUAUAACUUAUCUCAUAUCCUUAGUUUUCCUGCUGGCUAGUAGUUGCUCCGGUGACAAUGUUCCAGGACAAACAGUGCUCGGGACCGACAGCCGCCGGCCCGUAUACCUCAUUGCCCACCGACUCUUGGAGAACAAAGCAAUCCCGCAAGCUCUCAGUGACGGCGCCAAUGCGUUCGAAAUCGACGUGGCGCCUAGCAAUGGAAUCUGGUACGCCUGGCACGCUGACAAGUUCACACCCGGAGACAAACCGAAAGAUACCAUAGACGAACUUUUCGACGCCGUUGCCACCCACCGUCGAAACGGGAAGCCUAUCACUUUUGUUUGGCUCGACAUCAAAAACGCAGGCGAUUGUUCCUCAGUUGGCAAAGGCUGCAUUAUAGAGCUCCAAAGAAUGGCACAAAAGAAGCUAGAACCAGUUGGUGUCCGAGUCCUCUAUGGCUUCGAUGUCGACGAUGCCGACAGUGAUGCCUGGAUGAGGGUUGCUCGCUCGCUGAGUGCAAACGAAGCAGUUGGCGUAAACGCCAGGGCGCAGCACGCCAUCGAUAUUUUCUCUCGAGAUCACAAUAAAGCCAUGAUUCCUGCGCAUCAGAGAGUUAUGUCAUUUGGUUUUUCAUUUCUCUCCUUGCCUAAAGUCAGGGAAUGCCACAAUGAUAGGAGGAACUGGGGAAAGUAUGCCGGUGUCUGCUAUGAACUCAGCGUAGCGGCUAAGGAGCGCGAUCGUGCUAAACCGAGGCGUCCUAGGCUUGGACGAGUUUUCGGUUGGACAAUCACGGCAGCAGAGGAAAACAGCGAGGUUACCGAAAAUCUACUGGGGUUCGCAAAGGUUGAUGGUCUGAUCUACGGAGAGGUCCUCUCGGAGUACCGGGACAGCAAAAGCAAUCGCAUUGCUGUAGAAGAGAUGAAGAAGUGGUUGCGGAACAAUUCCAAAACACAUCGGCCGGCGGACAGGGAUGAUAGUCCCUGGUAA